GCCGCCGUAUAAUUUAACGGGCUUUGAGAUCCUGGGGUUCGUGGUUUUCCGUUCCUGCACCUACCCAAUGUGGACGCACGGACAUGACACGUCACUACAAUCAAUCUCAGCCCGAUGUUUCGGACUGGGGCAACAGCAAAAUAUUAAACUCCAAGGACGGGGAUGAAUUGAGCCCCUCUUGUGUGCCACCCAGUGAGGAGGGCUGAGCAUGAUGAGCGGGAAGAGCCUCCUGUUGAAGGUGAUCCUGCUCGGGGAUGGAGGAGUGGGCAAGUCCUCCUUGAUGAACCGCUAUGUCACCGACCGCUUCGACUCGCAGUCGUUCCACACCAUCGGUGUCGAGUUCCUCAACAGGGACCUGGAAGUGGACGGACGCCUCGUCACCCUUCAAAUUUGGGACACGGCCGGCCAGGAGCGCUUCAAGUCCUUGCGCACGCCAUUCUACAGAGGAGCCGACUGCUGCCUGCUCACGUUCGCCGUGAAUGACCUGCAGAGCUUCCAGAACCUCGGCGGAUGGAAGAAGGAGUUCAUGUAUUACUCCGAUGUGAAAGAUCCUGAACGGUUCCCUUUUGUGGUGCUGGGCAACAAGGUGGACAUUGAACAGAGGGAAGUAGGGGAGGACGAAGCGCGGGCCUGGUGCGAGGAGAGCGGCUGCUCUCCUUACUUUGAGACCAGCGCUAAGGAUGACACGAACGUCACGGCCGCGUUCGAGGCGGCCGUCAGGGAGGUUCUGGCGGCUGAGGAACAUAUCGACCACUCGAUACUGAGCGGGACCAUAGAUCUCCAUGGUAACCGCAAAAUAUCUCGGUCCUGCUGCUGACGGGUCAGGUUUGAAACCUCACUGCCUGUGGGUAGAUUUGAAAGCUACUGAGUUGUUGUUUAUGGUUCACAGAGGGCAGGUACCAGUUGCUCUAAGAUUCUUUAGAUAAGAUACAGCGGAGGCUGUGUUUUUUAUUGAUGCUGAUAAAAUGUAAUCUGAGGAGAGCAGUGUCAAGGGUACAGCCGCUAUCAAAAGGGCCCCCAGCCAAGGUACACGCACGCUGAAACGCUCAUCCUGUGCUGUCUGCUUCCAGUCAUGUUGCACACUUAACCUCAUACCCAACUUCGCGUCUGUGAUACUUCCAAACUAAUUACAGUGGAACCUCCAAAGUCAAACACUAUCCACUCCGUGAUGCUAGUUGAAUUCCAAGUUGCUUAAAUUUCAGGUCAAGUUGUAAGUGACAUUUA